AUGCCGAGACCCAACGAUGACAACACGCUCGAAAAUGCCAGCAAUUUCAAACAAACCAAAACGCAGACGGAAAAGAGCACCAAAGAUGCAACUGAUCCUUGUUCAGGAGAUGGGGCCCCAGAAAUUGAAGGCCAAGACCAACGCACUGCCGCCGACAUGAACUCAAAGUCGAAAAAAUCCCUCGCAUUCCACCUGUCGUUCGUCUGCCUCAGUCUGCUGGUGCUUAUCGUUUCAUGGGAUGCUUGCGUUCUUUCUGUGGCGACUCCCAUCAUCGCACAACAACUAGACGCCACCACACUGCAGUCAUUCUGGGCCAGCAUUGCCUAUAUGCUGGGCGUAGCAGUCACACAACCACUUUUUGCAAGCAUUUCCGAUGUUACCGGACGGAAAGGCCCACUAUACUUUAGCAUUUUUCUCUUUACCGUCGGCUCUAUCCUCUUCGCUGUUGCCAGGGAUAUGAUGACAAUUAUCGCCGGCCGUGUGAUCCAAGGCCUCGGGGGCGGCGGUCUCGACGUCCUCCAGGAGAUGAUUGUCGUCGAUAUGACUACCCUCAAAGAGCGUCCGUUAUAUCUCGCACUCAUGGCUAUUCCAACAGCGACUGGCUCCGUUCUGGGUCCCAUUAUCGGAGCCUUGUUUAGCGAGACUUUGUUUCCACUCCUCUUCGGCAUUUUGAUCUUUAUCGGCUUUGGCUGGUACGAGAGGUGGCCGGCACAGCCAAUGAUCCCAUACCGCCUCAUAAGCAACCGAACAGCCAUCAUGGUUCUGAUAGCGAGUACGCUUCACGGCGCCAUUCUCUACGCGAUUCUUCUUUACCUUCCCCUCUUCUUCCAGGUGGUCUUUUUGCAAACUCCUCUCAAGUCCGCCAUCUCGAUUCUGCCUGCCUGUUGUCUUGGCGUGGGUCUCAGCAUUAUCUCACCCAUCGCCGUUGGAAUUACGAGACGAUACCGAGUUCAAUUGUGGAUCGGCUGGUUUCUUAUGACUCUAUUCCUCGGUCUUUGGUGUGUUGUCGACCAAGGCACAUCUCAGAGCGAAUAUGACGCCUUCCUUGCGCUCUUGGGCUCCGGGAUUGGAAUUAUCUACACCACCAAUCUCAUCCCCAUACAGGCCAGCGUCAAGCAUGUUGAUGAUGCAGGCCUGGCUGCCGGACUGUCCGUGGUUUUUCGCAUCUUCGGUGGUCUCAUCGGUCUGGCUGCUGGAUCGUCUGCUUUCAAUACCGUAUUCAGGUCCCAGACUGCUUCAAUAAGUCCGUUGCCGGCUGAACUCAGUGGACUGUCUGAUCCACGGCAAGCUGUUAGCUUGAUACCUACCCUGAGGUCGCUGGACCUUCCCGAAGCCACCAUGAAUAAUCUUAUUUAUGCUUACAGGAUCUCUUUUCGGGCGAUUUGGAUAGUCUUGGCCUCUUUUGCAGGCUUGGGCCUGAUGUCUUCCCUGUUGCUCAAGGAGCUCAAUCUCGAGAAAGAAGAACUGGGAAGGCAGCGCUUUGAAGCUCCAAAGCACCAAGUCCAGCCUGAUCCAGCACUGUGA